AACAUAGUAGAAAAAGGGAACAAAAAAAAAAUCAACAUGACUGCUGGGUCCUCUGAAAAGAAAGAGGCCGACCCAGAGAUAGUUGAGAAAAUAAUACAUACAUUGAAGUCACAGGGAUGUUUUGAUCAGUUUAGAAAAGAAUUUAUUGCCGAUGCAGACACAAAGCCGGCCUAUCACAAUCUACAACAGAGGGUUGAGUCGUAUGUGUCACGUUUCCUGAGCCAGCAGAAAUGGAGUCCAAAACUGAACAAGAAUCAACUGAGAGAGACGCUCCGCAGGCAGAUCAAUCAGUCUGGUAUGUUGAACAAGGGCGUGGAGAGAAUUGUGGAACAGACAAUAAAUCCAAAGAUCAUGCAGCUGAUCAAACCAAAGACAGACGAGGUGACGUGUGAACACCUGAACAUCAGUCUAACAGAACACAAAAAUGCACUGAAGAGAAAACAACAAGAACAGCAAGAGAAACUGAUGAAAUCCCCGGACUCUGCCAGCAUACAGAGUCUCCUUAGUAUAAACUUCAACUCCCCACCACCAGGUUCCAAUGCUCCUCCUUUCACCAAUACAAGUUCCCCAGCCAUGCCUCCUGGACAGUUCAACCCAGGACCACCAGCAGCAGGAAUGCUGGGCCCGACACCCACACCGGCACCUAGCCAGUUUCCUCCACAGCUUCCUGGCUUCAGCAACACCAACCCAGCUGGUCUGACAUUUCCAGGAAUAAGUCAACAGAGUUUCCCUUUUCUACCACAUGGCUGGAAUGCUUCAUUGAAUGCUGGAUUUCCACCAAUAUUUCCAGGCCACCCACCAUUCCAGACAUUUAGCAUCCCACCCCCGGGGACAGCAAUGACUGUCCCCCCACCUGCUGCCGGGGGUCUUCUGUUACCCCCAGUGAGCAGUGCGGGAGUCGCCACCUCUGUGGCAGCUCUUAACAAGCUGUCUCCUGUUAAAGGUAUCAAAGGUCUUAAUGCUUUACUUGGCCUCCCGACCCCCUCAGAGGAACCUGCACCUCCAGGAACAGUCAUCCUUCCUGAUGGUACCCAUAUACAGAAAAAGAGACCACACUCCAGCAUUCAUGGUGGGGAGGACUCCAAAGACGGCAUUACGUAUGAAGGAGAUAACGAUGUAUCUUUACAAAGUAUACCAAUUCCUGACUCAGAGAAAGACCUGGCAGAGAGAGCUGUGAAUGAGCAGAUACAGAAAGCGAUGCAUGAGGAGAUGGCAGCUAAAGGUGAACUAGAAGGUGAUCUUGGAGAUCAGACUGGGGAAGGCAAGAGACAGUACAGGUUUGCCUGGGACGAAGAUAUACAGGAAGUAGAUUUAGAGGAUUCUGUGGGAUCAAGUGAUAUCAGCUCAGUUCACACAAGUGAUCUGUCACACUUUGAGGACAGUGAAAACAGUUCAGACAGUGACCUUGAAGAUCUGGAGAACAAGUUGUUGCAAUUGGAGAAGAAACAGAAAGAUGAACCAGUUGAAGAACAUAUACCUGAGGUCCCCCAGGAGACAGUUGAGGCCCAGGUAGAGGCAAUGGACACUGUAAAUGCAGCUGGAGAGGCCCUAACAGAAACUACCAUAGAUGCCAGUCCUGUUAAAUCUCAGCUACUGGUCUCAACAGAUGCCCAGGUAACUGCUGGAGUUGCUUUGAAGAAAGAGGUUGCCGGAAAGCCGCGUAAACUUCUGUCAUUACAGUACAACUACAGUGAUAGUGAUGAUGAGGAGACAAGGGAGGAGAGAAAGGCGAGAAUUGCUAAGGAGAAAGAAGACCGAUACCAGAGAAGACUUCAUCGGCGAGCGGAACUAGAAGCAAAACGUAAAGAACGUGAAGAAGAAAGAUUACGCCAAAAACUUGAGAAAUUAGAACGUGCAAGAGAGGCACAGGGAAAAGCAGAGAAAGUAAAACUAGAGAAGGAAGAGGCAGAGAAGGAAAAAAUAGAGAAAGAACAGGCAGAGAAAGAAAAUGUAGAGAAAGAAAAAGUAGAACAAGAAAUAGUAGAAGAAGAAAAAGUAGAGCAAGUGGAAGCUAAAACAGCUGAAGUUGAUGUUGCGGAAGUUGAUGUUGCUGAGAAGGAACAGCCUGUAGAAAAACAAGAAACUCAAACUGAGGAAUUAGUUAGUGAAAGCACUGAAGAUACAACUACAAGAGCUGAUGUAGAAGCAUCUGUAGAGAGUACUGAAGAUAGUAAAGCAGCUGUUGUUGGUGUAGAUAAAGAGACAGAAGUAGUAACAGAAGUUAAAGAAGAAAAACCAGCAGAUUUGAAUGCAGAAGAUGUUCCCAGAUCAGAAGAUGAAAAGGUACAAAUUCCUGAUGUUACAGAAGACAGUGGAACUGUGGUUGCCAUGGAAACUGACACAGUCAAAACUGAAAUAAACACUGAAGAGCUGGAACCUGCAACAGAAGUUAAAGAUGAAACUAAAGCUGAAGCUGUGAAAGAAGAGAAAGACACCAGCGUUGAUCCCAACAUUUCUGAUGCUCACGCUAUAGUGGACACGAGUCUCAAUACAGAUUCUUCCGCCACUGCAACAGAGUCUAGCGUUACCUUGGAUACAAGUGUGCCAGAGGUACCAAGCUCACCGGACAAGAAGAAACACAAACGUAAAACAAAGGCAGAACUGAAAGCUGAACUCAAAGAACAGAAAGUGAUGGAAAGGAAGAGUAGAAGACAAAGAAUCAGAAAUAAAAG